AUGGUUAACGAGGAGGUUAGCCAGCCGGUCAUCUCUGGCGACCCUAUGGAAGGACUUGCAGACGAUAUUGAGGACAUUGCUUUGGAGAUCAAAGAUACUCAACCAGAUCUAGCGCUUCGAGCCAAAACGACUUCUGAAAGACUCUUCUUAUGCAAUCGAUUCAUCAGAGAUAUGGAUCACUGGUUCUUGGAUGAGCAGCGUGAAAGAGCUCGGCUAAUGAAGAACUACAUCAGCAAAUUUCGAACGAUUGAUGCGUACCAAUUGUGCAAGUUGUUCACGGCAACUCAUGUCGAGAGCCAGUCAGUCAACGGUAGACGAGCUUGGGAAGGCAAGGAAACUUGGGACGAGUUUUGGUCAGACACCACCGAGCCCCUUGGCCCAGAACUUCAGGAUCAUGAGUGGUUGCCGCAUUAUCGCGCAAUGGAUCAAGAGGCUGUCGAUAUUUGGUGUAAGCUAUAUGCUGCUAUCAACGUGGAUAGCCAAGAGAGGAACUCGCCAAUUAUGCAGAAGUUUCUUGAUCUUGCCAAACACUCAGGCGGCGGACGAUAA